AAUAAAAAAUAUCGGAGCUACACACUGUGCUGGUCGGGAGCACAGAUACUGUCCAAUUAUUUUGUUGUUAAAUAAUAGAUAAAUAAUUUAUAAAAAAAUGAUUAUCUCACGGGGUGUUAGGUUAUUAAAAAAUUUGUCAUCUGUAUCAAAACAGCGUACACCGAUAAAUAAAAUGCAAAUUAGAAACUCUGGUGGCGAGUGUUUUUAUCGCCAAGUGCCAGACGCGUCAAAAGCUGAAAUGAUUGCCGCUCAUACUGUUGGUGGAGUAAUGUGGUGGUGGAUUCUGUGGCACUUAUGGCACGAUUGGGGACACAUUGUCGGUGAAUUUCCUUAUCCAGAGCCAUUAGAAUGGACUGAUCAAGAACUGGGAAUCCCACCGGAUGAUUAUGAUUGAGAAUAAUCGCUUUACUGUUUAUAAUUAUUUAUUAGAUUGCUGUAUUUAGAACGAUAAAUAUACUGUAAGAAGAAUAACUACAUUAAUAAUAACAGUAAUUAUAAUAAUAA